AUGGGGACUCCGGGGGCGCGAGGAGCUUCGAAUCCCGCGGGAUCACCCUCCUGCUCGGUGCGCGCUGGCUUCUACCUGCGUGAGCUGGGGCACAAGGUUCCCUUGGCCCCCGGCGCCCGAAAUCUCGCCCUGGCAGGGACCAGCGGAAGGUGGGACAGCGCCAUAGAAGACCCGUCGGCUGCCGGAGCGCCGGCGUCGCGAGCUGGAGAGAACGUGGACUGUGAGUCCUGGGUCAGAGAGAAAGUACUUUUUCUUCUGCACCCAGAGAGGUGUUUGGGGACUCCAGGGGACCCUACACGGGAAGAGGUGGCUGAUCGGGAGGAUCUGCCACCGGAGGGCGGAGACGACCAGGAGCCGGACUGUCCAUCUCCUCACCUUCCUAGACAACAGCGAGUUUCGGGCCACAAUGCACAGACUCCCUGGCGAGCCUUUGGAUGGCGGGACUCCGCUGCCCCACCCAAAUCCGUGCUCGUGCGGGUGGUGGAUUAUCAAGUGACAGAAGAAGUGCUGCAGACUGAGUGGACGAAAGGCUGCAUGACCACUAGGACUGAGGAGCACUCAAUGACCGCGGUCACUUUUCGCACCAACAGAGCUCAGGGACCCUGGGGGGCGCCGGCUUCUCUCCGCGAUGAGAGAGGCACCCCGCAUUCUCGAGGCGGAGAGGAGUGUUUCACGGUCCGCAGAGAUUAA